CCGACUGCCGUUAAACGCCAUAGAAGAAGAAGACGAAGACGAAGAAGAACUCCGUAGAACAAAGAUGGCGUCGCUGAGUGACAAAUCAGUCUGGGACGAAGUGGAGGAUGGAAUCGGGGAAGAAGUGUUAAAAAUGUCCACGGAGGAGAUAGGGCAGCGGACUCGGCUGUUGGACAGCGAAAUAAAGAUUAUGAAGAGCGAGGUGCUGAGGGUGACCCACGAACUGCAGGCUAUGAAGGAUAAAAUCAAAGAAAACACGGAGAAGAUCAAAGUGAACAAAACCCUGCCCUACCUGGUGUCUAAUGUCAUCGAGCUGUUGGACGUGGAUCCCAAUGACCAGGAAGAAGACGGGGCCAAUGUGGACCUGGACUCCCAGAGGAAAGGGAAGUGCGCCGUCAUAAAGACUUCCACACGUCAGACCUAUUUCCUGCCGGUGAUCGGUUUGGUGGAUGCUGAGAAGCUGAAGCCCGGAGACCUGGUAGGUGUCAACAAAGAUUCUUACCUGAUCCUGGAGACCUUACCCACUGAGUAUGACUCCAGAGUCAAGGCCAUGGAGGUGGACGAACGUCCCACUGAGCAGUACAGUGACAUAGGUGGACUGGACAAGCAGAUCCAGGAGCUGGUAGAGGCCAUAGUCCUACCCAUGAACCACAAGGAGAAGUUUGAAAACCUUGGCAUCCAGCCGCCUAAAGGAGUGCUUAUGUAUGGCCCUCCCGGGACUGGGAAGACGCUCUUAGCCAGGGCAUGUGCGGCUCAGACCAAAGCCACCUUCCUGAAGCUGGCUGGUCCACAGUUGGUCCAGAUGUUCAUUGGAGAUGGUGCCAAGUUGGUGAGGGACGCUUUUGCACUGGCCAAAGAGAAAGCGCCAUCUAUCAUCUUCAUCGACGAGCUGGAUGCCAUUGGAACAAAAAGGUUUGACAGUGAGAAGGCGGGUGACAGAGAGGUGCAGAGAACCAUGCUGGAGCUGCUCAACCAGUUGGAUGGAUUUCAACCCAACAUGCAGGUCAAGGUGAUUGCUGCUACCAACAGAGUGGACAUCUUAGACCCGGCGCUGCUCCGUUCAGGCCGUCUCGACAGGAAGAUUGAGUUCCCCAUGCCAAACGAAGAAGCCAGAGCACGUAUCAUGCAGAUUCACUCCCGUAAGAUGAACGUCAGCCCUGAUGUCAACUACGAGGAGUUGGCUCGCUGCACUGAUGACUUCAACGGAGCUCAAUGCAAAGCUGUGUGUGUGGAGGCGGGCAUGAUCGCACUGCGCCGUGGGGCUACAGAGCUGAACCACGAGGAUUACAUGGAGGGAAUCCUGGAGGUCCAGGCCAAAAAGAAGGCCAACCUGCAGUACUACGCUUGAGGACACUGCCUGUGUCUGUGUUUGAGUAUGUAGACUGUUGUUGUUAGAGGUGAUAACUGACUGGUAAUAAAAGGCAAUAAAAUGCGAUCUGUG